GGCAGUGUCGGAGCCUGGUGCCUACUGACUCGGCUUCUCUGGUCAGAGAUGGCGUCCCUUUUGCAGCCAGAUAGAGUCGUCUAUCUGGUUCGCGGAGAGAAAAAGAUCAGAGCCCCUUUAUCCCAACUUUAUUUCUGCCGCUACUGUAGUGAGCUACGAUCUCUAGAAUGCGUGUCUCACGAGGUGGAUUCACACUACUGCCCCAGUUGUCUGGAGAACAUGCCCUCUGCAGAGGCUAAACUUAAAAAGAACAGAUGUGCAAAUUGUUUCGACUGCCCAUGUUGCAUGCACACACUGUCUACUCGAGCCACCAACAUCCCAGCUCCUUUACCUGAUGAUCCUACGAAGACGGCUAUGAAGAAGGCUUACUAUUUGGCCUGCGGCUUCUGUCGCUGGACCUCAAGGGAUGUUGGAAUGGCUGACAAAUCAGUUGCAAGUGGUGGAUGGCAAGAGCCAGAAAACCCUCAUACUCAGCGGAUCAACAAGCUGAUCGAGUAUUAUCAGCAGCUGGCUCAUAGAGAGAAGCAGGAGAGGGACAGGAAGAAGCUGGCCCGGAGAAGACAGUGCAUGCCUCUGGCUUUCUCGCAACACACUAUUCAUGUGGUGGAAAAGUAUGGGCUUGGAACCAGACUGCAGAGGCAGAGGCCUGGAGCGCCCAUAUCCAGCUUGGCUGGCCUUUCCCUGAAGGAGGGUGAAGACCAGAAGGAGAUCAGCAUCGAGCCUGCCACCGCCCUCGAUGAAGUGGAGCCACUGCCUGAGGAUUGUUACACCCGGCCCAUCAGCUUACCCGAGGUGACCACACUGCGCCAGCGGCUGCUGCAGCCUGACUUCCAGCCUGCAGGGGCAUCUCAGCUCCACCCCAGACACAAACACCUCUUGAUGAAGCGCUCGCUGCGCUGCAGGAAAUGUGAGCACAACUUGAGCAAGCCAGAGUUUAAUCCCACUUCAAUCAAGUUUAAAAUUCAGCUGGUGGCUGUGAGUUACAUCCCUGAAGUGAGGAUUAUGUCCAUUCCGAAUCUCCGUUUCAUGAAGGAAAGUCAGGUGCUGCUGACGCUGACCAACCCUGUAGAGAACAUCACUCACGUCACGCUGGUUGCUUGUGAGGAGGAAGAUCCAGAUGAUAUCAACAGCACUGCUAAGGUUAUGGUACCAAGCAAGGAGCUAGUCUUGGCCGGAAAGGAUGCUGCUGCUGAGUAUGAUGAACUGGCUGAACCUCAGGACUUCCAGGAUGAUCCAGAUGUUGUUGCCUUCAGGAAAUCCAACAAGAUUGGUUUCUUCAUCAAAGUGAUCCCUCAAAAGGAAGAGGACGGGGAUGUCACCGUUUCAUUCAAGAUCAGACAUGACUUCCGCAACCUUGCAGCUCCCAUUAGGCCGAGCGAGGAGGGAACCGAAACCCCUGCUGAGGUCAUCUGGCUCACACACCAUGUAGAGAUGAGGCUAGGACCACUCGCGCCCUGAACAUGAAUAUACUCUGUUUACCAUCAAACAGUCCUAGUGUUUGGUUCUUUGAACUUUUUUUCUUAAAAUGUGUGAUUAAUUUGAUUUAAAAAGGACUUCUGGUUCUGCUUAUUGAUAUGUAAGAACAAUAGGAGAUCUCUCUUUGAUAUUGUAGGGUUUAGAUUGCAUCAUCAAAAUCACUGCAGGACACUCAUUGAUUGUUUAGUGGCUGAGUCAUCAGAACUUUAUGAAAUCAGGCGGAUAGAAAGAGAGAGUAUAAAGUGUGUCAAGCUGAAUUCUGCUCAUUCCUUUCUUUGUUGCGUGUUGCAAUUUCAAAAACUUGCAGAUUAACUUCAUUCACCACCUUAAAUUUUGCUUUAACGUUGUGUCAAAAAGACCUACUGUGAGGCCAUAGAGAAGAAGCAGGUGGAAGAACCUUAUCAUAAACACCUGUCAUUUACUUUAUUAAACCUAUUCAACUGCUCAUUAACUGGGAUAUCUAACCAGCCAAUCACAUUGCAGCAACCUGUGCAUUUAGACUUGUAGACAUGGUCAACAAGACCUGCUGAAGUUUAAACUGAACAUCAGAAUUGGGGAAGAAAGGUGACUUUGAAUGUGCCAUGGUUGAUUGUGGUCUGGCGGGCCUUCUUGUUAUGUCCCUCCAAAUUCCUGCCGAAAUUGACACUAAUGAAACCAGGCAAGGUUUUCAAAUCUCAUCCAAUUUUGUGGAGCUAGAAAGUGGCUUCACUUUCUCUAAGGAAAGUGAGGGACCUGAUCCUCAUAUACCCAUAUUUUUUCCUAUAAAAUUAAGAUGUUAUUUUCUCACUCUUUAAAUGGACGAGCUGUGAUUUCAUUUAAUUGUUCUUUAAUGUGUGAUUGAGAUUUCCAAUGAGCAGAAUCAGAAAUCGUACCUGAGAACAAUCCGAACUACUCCAGAACGGCAUCAGACCUGCGCUUUCAGCUUCUAUAUCCUUGUAAACAUCCUUUCCUGCAGACAAUAGUAUCCUAUUAACUCGCAUGCUUUUACUGUACUUAAUAUUGCACACAUUAGACAAUGUCAUCACAGUUACUGACCCCGUGCUGGUUUCAUAUCAGAAAGGUUGUUUUACUAUUGUCUCAAGUAAACGAUUGCCUCCCUUGGCACUAAAGAGAGGAUAUAUGAGCCGCUCUGUCAAAACAUUAAGUGUUAAACAUUUAAACGCACUGAGACACUAUCAUUAUUUUCUGGCAUAUGAUGUAUUUUGGUUUGUAGAGAUCGCUGACUUCUCUGUCAGUGUGUAUCGAAGCUGCUGUCAUGUCUGGUGUCUUGUGUUGUAAGACAGAGCCUUAUAAAACAACAAACACACUUAAUCCUCUGUACAUGCUAAUAAAAUAAUGUGAUAAUGUCA